GCCUGCGCCGGAAGUGCAGUAGCGCCGCGCUCUGUGUGCCCCGGGAGGCCGGAGCCUUCCGGAACCGCCGGCUAUAAGUGGUCACUCCCUCCACGCCCGGAACUGCUCUGAGUAGUUACAGACAGAACCGCCUUAACCGGUAACGGUCCCGUGAGGGCCCCAGCAGAGAUGAGGAAGAGCAGCUGGCUGAUCCCCAGAGAUACCACAUCCCUGUGACUCUAAGCACUGCCAGGGCCAGGCCAUCUGACUAGUCAGUAUCAUGGAGCCCCCUGGAGAGAAGCCAGGAGAGACCGAGGUGCCGAGCAUCACACCCCAGCUGCUGAAGUCCCGCUCUGGAGAGUUUGCCCUUGAUUCCAUCCUGUUGCUGAAACUUCAGGGUCUAGGGCUGAUGGACCUGGGCUGUUUGGGGGAGUGCCUGAGCCUUGAGUGGCUUGACCUAUCAGGCAAUGCACUUACCCACCUGGGCCCACUGGCAUCCCUGCGCCAGCUGGCUGUGCUCAAUGUCUCCAAUAAUCGACUCACAGGGCUGGAGCCACUGGCAGCCUGUGAAAACCUGCAGAGCCUCAAUGUUGCUGGUAACCUGCUGGCUACUCCUGGCCAGCUGCAGUGCCUGGCUGGGCUGCAGGGCUUGGAGCACCUGAGGCUCCGGGACCCUUUGGCCCGGCUCAGCAACCCGCUGUGUGCCAGUCCCUCCUACUGGCCUGCGGUUCGAGAGCUGUUACCUGGUCUCAAAGUUAUAGAUGGGGAACGUGUGAGUGGGCAGGGCAGUGAGCUGUACCAGUUAUGCCGAGACCUGGACAGUUCCUUGCGCCCCAGCUCCAGCCCUGGCCCCAGAGCAAUCGAGGCCCAGCCAUGGGUGGAUCCUGACUACUGGGAAUCCUGGCCAGUGCAGAACAGCUCCAUUUUGGAAGAGGCCUGCAGGCAGUUCCAGGACAUACUGCAGGAAUGCCUUGACCUGGACCGCCAGGCCGGUGACUGCUUGGCCCAGGCCCAGCAGGCCCUGAGCCCUGCAGAAAGCACCUCUUCCUUCGUCUUCUGAGUGUGCCUCACAGCCCGAGUGUUCUCGUCGUAGUGAGGUUGCUUACAUUGCUUCCCCACCCCGUGCCCUUGCCUCUCUGGUCACUGACCUUGCAAGUAGGCUGUUCAUUUAUCCCUUUCUUGAGAGCAUCCUAACUCCUGCAUCUCCCCAAGGACACUUCCUGCCCUCCUUCCACACCAGCAGGGGCAUGCUUUCUGGGUGGCCUCUAGCGGGUAGAGGAGCUUCCCCUCACUAUCUGGCAAAUGCUGCAGCCAGGCCCAGGGGCAUGCUGAGCCCAGGUUCUCCCAAGUGCCAAGCCUGAGGCUUUGUGGGUAAGGUGACUUGCCACCUGCUAACUCUUAUUAAAUAGUUCUCUGCUGGUUUGUAUCAUUUCUUGUCUCUUCCUCAGCAGAAGUACAGGCUUCCAUACCUCUGUUUUGGUCCUGUAGGAGAUUCUACGCUCACCGUACGUGCUCCCUCCAGUACUAGGCAGGAAGCGUGGGGACUCACAUACAUACCCAACCUUUGAACUUUUAUAUGUGCAGGUCGAGCUGCAGGAAGAACAACACAAGGUUGGAAAUGAACAGGCUCGGCAAUUUUAUUAGCUUGGAGUAUGUCAUCUUUGGGAGCCGGGGUGCUUCCACUGGGCACUGCCACCACUAUACAGGAAGAUGGAGUUCUAGAGAAGAAGGGAACACCAGAUUGAGUAUGAGCAGGGUUGUUUUGGUCUAAUCUUAGCUUUCAGCCAAGUUUUGCACACCCCUUCACUGCCUCCCUCAGUCCAGUUUUCAUGCCAAGGGCUCGCUCUCCCCUCCAAUAACCUACCUGUGCAGGGCUUACUUGGGGUGCAGGGACCUGGAGAAGGCAAACUGUCCAGGGAAGAAGUAGCUUCGGGGGUCCUCGCCAGCCUGUGCUACCUUACUGCACUGGGCCUCCUGAGGCUCCUGCCAGAACCAGUGUGUUGCAGCAGUGCCUGGGAGGAGAGGCAUCACCACAGCCCCCAGGGGAGUGUCUCAGCCUCCCCCACUCCCCCCGUCCCACUCUCCUUCCAGCUUCCGUCACUUACCCCACAGACCCAGGUGUGGUCUAUCUCCCGCCCCCUCCCUAACCUCUGUUCCUCCUUACCUGAGGCCCUUGCCUCAAUAUCGGGCAGUGGACCAUCCGGGCCAGAACUUUACCCUUAGGGUCCAAUUUGAUGCAGGCCAGGCAUUUCCGCUUUCUCUGGGGUGGAGAGUAUGAGAAAAGGAAAAAGGAGUGAGGGAACCAUGAGGGUCAGGUGGGGACUGGCCUUGGCCUUCUCUAGAGUGGAGGGAGACCGUGGUUGGGGUAAGGAUGUACCCCUAGGUUCUGAUAUUUGAACACUUGGUCUCUGGUUGGUGGCUGUUUCGGGACUUUGACUUUGAUGGAGGAAAUGUGUCACUGGGGUAGGCUUUGAGAGUUUAAAGCCUUAUACCACUCCCAAUCCACUCUUUCUGCUUCCUGCUUGCUUUUGAGGAUGCGAGCUCUCAGGUUCUUGCUCUGGCUGCCAUGCCUGCUGGUAGACACAUCUCCCUGCCUCCCUGCCAUGAUGGACUUUUAUCCCUCUGGAACUGUAAGGCAAAAUAAAGCUUUCCUACUAGU